AUGAGGAAACAGAUUGAGGACAAUGUUGUAAAUGGAAGUGAUUCGAAGGUUUACAUUCCUUUGGUCUAUUCCUCUCAAAUUGUGAAUGGAACAAACUAUGUGGUCAAGGUGUUUCUUGGUGGAAGGGAUGAUGGAGUCUGUGUUCAUGCGAAGGUACAUCAGGCUCUUGCCUGUAGUGGAGGAAAACUGACACUGUCUAGAUUCCAGUUCCCUAAAACCUUCGAUGAACCUCUGAACCCCUUCUGAACACAUCUAACCAAAUACAGAAACAGUCUUAUCAAAUAACAGACACAUUCAAUGAGCUGCCG